AUGGCAUGUUCUAAGCUCAAAGACGUUGCGGUGAAGUUUCUUCUCGCCAAGGCUGCGAAGGCUGAUGCGACUGAUCGUACGGGCAAGGCAGGUCUUCAACUGUACCAAAGUUCGAAUUUUCAAGGAAGACGCGUCGCAAAGCUUCUUCUCGGAAACCUAAGGGCCGAGGCCCUGGAUGUCAAUGCCCAUGAUCAAUUUGGCAUGACUACGGCACACACAGCUGCUCGAGUUGGAGAUAAACAAGUCAUCGAUGUGCUAUCGAGAUGUAGCGACUUGAGCAUCAAGAACAAGAACGGCGAAGAUGCGAAGGAAGUGGCUACGAAACAUAGCCCAAAAGACGUUCGUAAGCACUUGCUCACUCGCAUGGAUCAAGACAGCACAAGGUCUCGGCGGAUAAGCGAAUCUACAACAGUUGUCUCGGGGAUAUCAGUACAAAUGUGCGAGUAG